AUGUUCUGCCUGUCUGAGCCAAACACAAUCAGUGAAGAUCCAUGCAAUGAAUGCGUUCGAACUGUCUCUAGAGCAAAUUCUUGUCCUAACAACUCAACAUUUUCAGUAGACACAGCAUAUUUUAGGUGCAAGGAACUGCACAAGCAAGCCUCGCAGUAUAGUCUGGAAGAAGAUUGGAACCCUAAAGGAGUUUUUGAUGGUUUUAGCAACGAAAUUAACAGCAGACAGUCUUCGUGUCCUCUUAAUCUUAUCCUGCUUUCGAACAAUUAUGAAAAAAUCGACAACGCUAGUUUUUCCGAAAACAUCCAAGACAAUGGGCGCUACGUAAAUGGAGUUGAAACAGGGAAUUUUCAAAUCAUUAAAAAUCAAGAAAUGGUAAAUAGAGGUUUUGAAGAUGAAUCGAAAACUUUAUUGCUCUAUCCGAGCAAUGUGAACACGCCGUCCAGCAACAGUAGCUCACAACUUUGCAAUCACUGUCAUAUACAACACUGGAAAAAUGAAAAUUUGUGUUGCUGCUGUUGCUGCUGUUGCUGCCGCUGUUGCUGCCCACAACAUAAAUACCGCAACAAUAUCUGGCAAUGUGGCCACUCUCACUGUCGUUGCAAGCAGCAUUGCGGAGACUUCAGCGAGAGUACAAGUGCAACUUCAAGCAGUUUUCAUGUUACGAAGCUUAAGAAUAUCCCUGUUAAGAAAUGGAAGAGAAAUAGGUUUAAAAUUCAUAAAAGAUGGAGAGAUUACGUUCUGCGGCAGUGCAAAAAUUUCAAGAGAUAUCGCGCAAGACCUCACAAUUUUAAAAAUAAGAAAGCCGGAAACAAAAAUAGGCUUAAAAAUAAGUCGUGCGAUGUGAAGUGCAAAGAUCUGGCCAACUUGAAGAUAGUCACAAAUUGCAGUAGAAGCGAACUGAUAAAAAAGUUAAAACAAAAUAAACUCAAUUAUUUGAGCGAUCCUAACAUAAUUGCUGAAGUGGCGAAAAAUCUCCCCAACAAAGAAAAGAACCAGAACGAAGAACAAAUGGAACAGUCAGCUUCGGUCAAAAUUACGGAACGCAAAACUUUGGAUUGGAAAAGAAAACCUCGCAAGAUAUUUUUCAAAGAUUGUAAUAAUGGUUCAGUGGCUUUCAAGUAUGUACGUUCUACGAGUCAAGGUUCAAAUCGUUACUCUUCUCACAAUCAACUGAGAAAUUGUUUCUUGCGGCCAAACCACCAUAGACGACGUUUGAGGAACUUCAACUGCUGCCACGCCUGCAAGCAAAGAAUGCAGUGCAAUCAUUUAUGCCCCAAGUGUUGCAACUGUUUUUGCCGUAGAUACCAGUUCGAACCUAAAUACUCCUGCAAAACUUACAGGGACUGCCAUGCCCCCUACUACCAGCAAUAUGAAUCUCAUCCAGAAAAUAAUUUAAGGCAUCAGUUCCAAACUUUCAACGGCAAAGAACGUCACUUUCAGCAUCCACAUCAACUACAGCGAUCGCAGCAGCAGUCGCUACAACAGCUACAACAGAAUGAAGAACGUGAUGAAUGUUCUUGUUCCCAAAAUGCUGCGUACCAGUCGAGUCCUGCAAAUACUACGACUUGGUAUCAGCAUGACCAGCUGUUUUUAACCAACAAUAAUUUUGUCGACGCUAACCAAACUAACAACGACAACGCCGUUUACGAGCUCCAGCAUCCGCAAAAAUUUCACGAGUCGGAGUUACCCCACAAACAAGACGAUAAAGAAAAAUACGCUAAGGUCAUCUACUCGAAGGACGCCGACGAGCAAGAUACUUUUAAAAUGCAAACUCAUCACCAACGACAUCAUCACCAUAAUCAUCAUCAGACCAGUCAACAUCAUCAUUAUCAUCAGCAAAACUUUCAUCAGCAACCGCACCAGUAUCAGCAGCAACAACAACAGCAACAGCAGCUGCAACAACAGCAACAGCAGCCAUUUUUGCAUCAUUUACAAUUUUGCACACCGCAACAACUUUUCCUGCCUUCAAUCUUCAACAUUCAACUGACUCCUGACGUACCGAAAAACUUUGAAUCCGAUAUAGCCGUCUCAAAAAACGCAGCGAAUUUGACAAUGAGAGCAGCCGGUUGCUGUCACAAUGAACAAAUAUUUCCCCCUCAAGAUUUUUUCUACCAGGAACCAGUUUCGGUCGCAAGCUGGUACCAGAGUGGAGGUGUUGGAAUUUGUGGUUGUUUCAGUAACAAUUUGAACUGCCAAAUCUGCUGCGACUAUGACGGCUGCAAUUUUAUCGCUACAACAAAUGUUGAUCCUUGCACUGAAGUGAAUGAAAAAUUUUGCCAGCCACUUCAGCAACAGCAGCAGCAGCAGCAGCAUUUUUAUCAUUCGUUCCAUCAAUUUGAAGAUGAAUGUCUAAUCAAAAGUGCCUACGACCAACAACAGCAACAUCAUCAACAUUCAGACAUUCACGACCUUCAAAAUGUUUUCCAGCAAGACUGCUACAACCCACACUACAGCCACAACCACUACCACUACCAGCAGUUCAUGCAGCAGCAGUACCAGCAACAACAAGCCCUCUGCUACCAACAGUUUCAUCCAUACGCUAAUCCACAACAACAACAACCACAACAACAACAUCAGUUUCAACAUCUGCAUCAACAACAGCAACAGCCGCAAGAAGCGCAACCACAGCAACCACCAGAUGAAAUCAAAUCUUUAGGUUUUUUCAAAUCCAGCAGUCCAAAAUACACCUACAGAGAUGGCACUAGGUUCACAACGUACAACAAUGAUGGAGAGGAUCUCGACGUUCUUUCAAAUCCAGUAUAUCCAAUCCCCAAGGAUAAAAAUAUUUGUAAGUCGGAAAAAGUUUCCGACUCGGAAAAUGUAGCUGGGGCCGAAAAUACCUCUGAAACUGAAAGGAUCUUUUGGUCCAAAAAUCUUUCCGGGUCCGAAAAUGUCCAAGGGCCCGACUCUUGCGAGCCAGACAAGAUUGACGAAAUUGAUUUCGAAGUUUCGGAGGUGCGGAACAAAAUGGCGGACUGCAACAACAGCAUCGUCAUCCUCACUCCAGGAAGUCGGAGCAACCGGAACAACGACGCUAGAGAAACUCCUGGCAAUGACGUCAAUAAUGAUGAUGGAGGUUGCGAUGAUGAUGAUGGAGAUAAUGAUGAUGAGGAGGAGGAGGAGGAAGACGUUGCAGGGGCGGUCAUGGAAACAAUAGACACAACGUGGAAUGAGAUUUUUAUUGGGUUGGAUUUGACAGGGUCGGUCGAAAAAUUAUAA